AUGUUGAGCCUCCAGCGCAUCAUUGAGAGGCGCGUGAACUCAUCCGGGCUGGGUGAGCCAAUCAUCCAGAUUCUGGGUGAUGACAGACUUUUGAUACAGCUGCCCGGUGUGCGUGAACCUGCCCGAGCAAAGAGCAUAAUUGGCGAAACGGCACAACUUGAGUUCAAGCCACAGCCGGAACCGGCUCAGCCGGGCGAAACGCCGGUAGAAGUGGAACCUGACAACGUGGCGGCAGCGCAGAUCAGGAUUGGCGACGAUGCCACGGUGAUCUUCAUUGAACAACCCGGGAGGGUUGACGAGGACUUCGGACUUGGCGGCGACAACUUGUCGAGAGCGUACGCCAGCCUGCACGCGCAGAGCGACCAGCCCAUAAUUAACUUGGAGUUCGACUCACUGGGAACGCGUCUUUUUGGUGAGAAGACGACCGAGAUAGCAGGCAGUCUCACGGAUUCCAUAGCCAUCUUCCUUGACGAUCAGGAGUUGAUUGCGCCCGUGGUGCGAACGCCGAUCACGACCGGCACUGCAAUCAUCGAGGGCGGUUUCACGCUGGAGAGGGCGCAGGACAUAUCGCUGCUACUUGAAGGCGGUCGCCUUCCGUUCCCGAUUACGCUGAUUCAGGAGCGGAGUGUCGACGCCAUUCUGGGAUCGGACUCCCUCGCGAAGAGCGUACUGGCAGGCAUCGUUGGAUUUGCUCUGGUGUUCCUGUUCAUGACGCUGUACUACCGAGUGCCAGGACUUGUGGCUUCGAUUGCCCUGCUGAUAUACACCGCCUUUGUGCUUGCGAUCUUCAAACUGCUUCCAGUGACGCUGACGCUGUCCGGAGUUGCAGCGACAAUACUUUCGGUGGGCAUGGCGGUUGACGCCAAUGUGCUGAUUUUCGAGCGUAUGAAGGACGAACUGCGUAACGGUCGCACCCUUAUUGGCGCCAUCAACAUAGGAUUCAACAGGGCAUGGCCCGCAAUUCGUGACAGCAACGUGUCCACGCUUAUCACUUGCGCCAUCCUGUACUACUUCUCGAACCAGUUGGGAACGACGAUAGUUCAGGGAUUUGCGGCGACCCUGGCAAUUGGCGUAAUGAUCAGCAUGUUCUCUGCGAUUAUGGUCAGCAGGACUAUAUUGCGCGUCAAUCGCUUCGACUGGGCUCGCAAGACUGCUGGGCGCGUUUGUGCCGACCGGAGCAUCUGA